AUGGUAGAGGGAAGCUGCCGCAAAAAAGCCUGUGCAGAAGCUGGGUCAGCAAGAAUGUCACUUCUUAUAUUGGUGUCCAUUUUCUUAUCUGCAGCUUUUUUUAUGUUUUUGGUAUAUAAAAAUUUUCCACAGCUUAGUGAAGAAGAAAGAGUGAAUAUGAAGGUUCCCAGAGAUAUGGAUGAUGCCAAGGCUCUAGGAAAAGUUUUAUCCAAAUAUAAGGACACCUUUUAUGUACAAGUACUUGUAGCUUAUUUUGCUACAUAUAUUUUCUUGCAAACAUUUGCUAUUCCAGGCUCUAUAUUUCUCAGUAUUCUCUCGGGAUUUCUUUAUCCCUUUCCACUAGCCUUAUUUCUUGUUUGUUUGUGUUCUGGACUUGGUGCCUCAUUCUGCUAUAUGCUUUCCUAUUUAGUUGGGAGACCAGUUGUAUACAAAUAUCUAACAGAGAAAGCAGUAAAAUGGUCACAACAGGUUGAACGCCACAGAGAACAUCUCAUCAACUACAUCAUAUUUUUGAGAAUAACACCAUUUCUGCCUAACUGGUUUAUUAAUAUUACAUCUCCUGUGAUAAAUGUGCCAUUGAAAGUUUUUUUUAUUGGCACUUUUCUAGGUGUUGCACCUCCCUCUUUUGUAGCAAUUAAGGCAGGAACAACACUGUACCAGCUCACAACAGCAGGGGAAGCUGUUUCCUGGAACUCAGUAUUUGUCCUAAUGAUUUUGGCUCUUCUUUCUAUUCUGCCAGCCAUUUUCCAGAAGAAACUCAAGCAGAAAUUUGAGUGAAAACUCAUCUGGGUUUUAGUUUUCUCAUCAUCUUCAUCAUCAUUGUCAUUGUUAUUAUCAUCUCAGAACUGACAGGUUCAUGUGCAAAAUUAUCUCUUCAGUAAUUUAAAUUUGUAAAAUAAAAUUUAUUAUCAGACAGAAUAAUGCUUUUAAAUAGUAAGGGAGAUACCAAAGGAAAAAUAUACCAUGAAAAGGUCUGUCAGUAGAUACCCUCUAAAUGACUAUUCCAAGGGUACCGAUAAUUGAAAGCAGCAUAGCAGAAACUUAUCGUCCCACCUGACAAUGUAUUUCAUGUAUUGGCUAUACGUAUUUACCCUUGACUCAAUAAUUUACUGUUUUUUUUUCUGUGUCCCUUACUAAUAACUAAAUAUUCAUAUGCAAAUACAAGCAAAGAGCCUAGAUUUUUAAAAUUAGCAUUACAAUUCUGACUGAUAAUAGCCUGUUUCAAGGCAUAAACUUGCAAACUAAAACUCAAAAGCAAUUUACUUUUCUUCCUCUGUUCCCUUGAGGUAAUGAAUUUGUUUAGAAGUUGCAUCUUAGUGAACUAUUGGAUAUUGAUAUCAAAUUCAGUUUCCUGAAUCUCCCCGCCCAUCCCACCCUGUUAUCUUGGUUAUCAUGGAUCAGUCUGAAAUUUAAAUUCUGACCAGUUUAUUUUUGAUGUGUUUUUCUAGCCUUCACAAUAUUUCCACUGUGUUAUUACAUGACAAUUGUAUCAUAUUGGUGUUGAUAAUUUAUACUCAGAUAAUAUUUUGUUACAUAGUUCCCCUUUACUAUCAGAUGGGGUCAGAAAAGCAAAUAGUCAACGUCUGCUGUUUUUAAUUGUUAGAUUACAUUACUUUAGUAUUUUGAACCAGAAGCAGUAGUAUAGCAACAGUUUAAGUGGUUAAAUAUAGCUUAAUUGUUCCAAUGACUGUAAAAUUUACCUCAUUUGUUUAUUAGUCUGGUCUUUAGAGUAUGUAUUAUGUAAUUAUCCUUUUAUGCAUGAUACACUUACAAGAAUGCCUUGUUUCAGAUCUAUUGAUGACUCUUUUGUUUGGGGCUGAUUUUUGAUUAGUGCAGUUUCCCAAUUUAGCGUUUUAUUCUUUAUUACUCAAAGUAAAAUUAAAAUUAGCUUCACCUGGUAACGACUCAUUUAAAUUGUCCUGGAAAAUUAAACUUUUUUUUUCUUGCUGCCUGCUUAAUACUUUUGAUUUCUUGGUUCUAGGACAUAGCUGAUCUAAAGUAAAAUACUAUUGUCAGUUUUGCCUUCAUCCAAGAUCGUCAUGUUAAAAAGUACUUCAGCUGUGGGAGAAAUCUCUGUAUGUUUUUAUUAUGAGAGAUAUGAUCAUUCUCAAAACCUGUUUCUACUGCAUAAUGUGGACUGAUUCAUUAUUUUUUCUAUCACAGUAUUAACAAAUGGAUUUAUUGUAAAUACAAAGAAUAUAUUGAUUAAUAUACGAUUCUUAUGUCACCAGACCUUUUGUGUGAAAUUAUUUAUUAUUUCAAGCAGGUUUUCUUUUCUUAUUGACCAGAGACUCAAUGAUAAAGCUUUAGUUAUUUUUCCAAAUAAACUUAAAGCAUAGCCUUUUGGAGAAAGUUCACUAAAUGUUACUGUAUAAAAUGUAAUUGAGUACAUUUUUAUCAGACUUUUAACAAUAAAAGUAAAGGCUUAGA